AAGGGAGGGAGAGGGAGAAAAAAGAGGAGAGCGACUUGACGUGUUGUGAGGGAGAGCGAAAGUGAUCUUGUGUCAACACCCGCUGCCCUAUAAAGCGCGCAUGCCCCGCGGCCUUCCAUCCCUUCCGCCGUCGUCUGCUUUUCUUCUCUUCCUUUCCCACUCUCGAUCCACUCGACUUUCAGACUUCUUGGAAUUAUCCUCAUCUUCCUCUGUCGCUCUACUUUUAUCCACUUGUUUCACUUUCUCUCACUCCCACUCUAACCCCUCAAAAUGCCUCCUAAGAAAGCUUCCACCGCGACCAAGAAGGCUGCCGGCUCUGGUCACGCCUCCUACCGUGAUAUGAUCAAGGAUGCUAUCCUGAACCUGAAAGAGCGCAACGGUAGCAGCCGCCAGUCCAUCAAGAAAUAUGUUCAGGCCAACAACAAGAUCUCGUCGGCUACUCAGGCUGCCUUUGAUAGCAUGUUCAACAAGGCCAUCAAGACCGGUGUCGAGAAGGGUGACUUCACCCAGCCCAAGGGACCUUCCGGCCCCGUGAAGCUCGCCAAGAAGGAACCUGCUCCCAAGCCUGCUGCUCCUAAGAAAACCGCUGCUGCCAAGCCUGGCCCCAAGAAGGCUGCUGCUAAGAAGACCGAGAAGACCGAGAAGGCCGACAAGCCCAAGACCACCAAGAAGAGCACCACCAGCAGCACCACUACUACUGCCAAGAAGCCUGUUGGCCGUCCCAAGGCCAACACCGCUAAGCCUCGGAAGGCGUCCACCACUGCGCCCGCCGUUGUCGACCAGCCCAAGGUCCUCGGGACAACCAAGUCGGGCCGGGUGACGAAGACGACGGCCAAGCCUGCCGAAAAGGCCAAGAAAGCGGCUCCUAAGAAGAAGGCCACUUGA